ACCUGGUUAGUUGAUAAAUAAUAUUUGUUUAUUUUAUCCAGUAUGCACGGGAAGUGCAUACUGGAUAAAACUUAUAGUGUUCCAAUCUACACUAUCAGCUUUUCGUACUCUACCAGUAACAUAUAUAUUUCAAAAUCCAUAAAAUAAAAUAAUUUAUUUUGUUUUAGUUUUUAUAAAUAAGUAGAAAAAUAAUAAUUAAUAUAAUGUUAUAUCUGUCCAAACUAUGUUAAUAACAAUAGUAUUUUCAUUCAAUGCAUUAUCUGUGUUUAGAUGAGUUUCAAAGCGAGAUUAUUUCUCCAGCUGAAAAUGAAAAAUAUCACUUGACGAUAUUUAGAAAAUCAUUGAUCUUAGAUGAUACUGUUCCAAUUGAACAACUAUGGAGUGAACUUCUUGAAACUGGAACUGACACUUAUAGAAUUAAAUUUCAUAACAAAUUAAUAAACCGAUACAACAAAUACAACAAAAACGGUUUAUUUGCAAGAAUACAUGAAAAUAUUACGGGAAAGAAAAAAAACUUAUCAGAAGAGUAUAAAGAGUAUAUGGUAUUAAUUCAAUCGUACUAUAAUGCUGCAAGUACAUAUUAUUUUUCUAAGAACUAUCAAUUUGCAUAUAAAGUGGUCACUGAUGGUUUAAAUUUUUUCAAUUCAAUAAGAGAAAAAUUAUAUUCUAAUGAUUAUAAAACACAAAAAAAACAUGUAGAUAUAUGGAAUUUACUAUUACUAACAUUGAAAUUAGAUAUAAUGACUACUGAAGGAAACAAUUUUGGAGAUACUGGUAAUGUAAGGAUGGCAGUACGAGAAGAAGAAAUAAAAUUUGUUCAAAUUGAUUACGCUAAACCAUUUCCCAGUUCAGCAGUAUUAUUGUUUCGAAGACAUUUUUUAGAUGAUGAGAACAAUAUCACGAAGGACAAAAUUCAAAUAUUGCAUAAAUUAAGGAGAUGGUUAAAUAAUGAGAAGUUAUGGACGGAGUUAGACGACGAUAUUUUGUAUAGAAAACACAUUUCUAUGUACAAGUUCUUAGUACUUUUCACCAUAAGUUCUGAACAAGGAGACAAAUUAAGUAAUAUACUUAAAGCAAUCGAAAAACCGGUCUUAUCCAUUGAAGAUAGAUUAUUAAACUAUAAAGCAACUCAAUUAGCAUUGGACCAUAUUGUUAAACCAUGCAUAGAAAUGACAGAUUACAAUGAGGAUAUGUGUAAAGAAUUGAAUAAAUAUAAUAGUAAUACAGAAAUAACAAGUAUUGAGUCCACAAUCAUAAAUAAAUUACAUUUUUUAUACAAUAUGAACACAGCUGAUGUAAUAGCUAUGCUUAAAACAGAACUAACGACAGAUAAUCAUAUUAUUAACGAAAAUGUAUUACAUUUAAUUUUGAGUACGGUUUUAGACAUCAACAUCAACACUGCAUCAUAUAAUUACAAAAUCCAUUUAAGUAAAUUCGAUGAAGCAAUGGAAUUACUGAUUGAUUACACCAAAUUUCAAGAUGAAAAAAAUAAAAUAAAGAAAAAGGAUAAUCAACUCGCUAAAACAAUAUAUAACAAUAUAAGUGAAAAAGUAAAAAAUCUUUUUAUUGCCUAUAAGUGGUUGAUGGAAUUGUUUGAAGUAAAGAGUGAUCAUUCAGAAUCUUGUACCUAUACACCAUUAUUGAAUGAAGCUAAAAAUAAUGCAGAUAGAAUGGCAUUCAAAUUUAAAGAUGUGUCCGGCAAUGAACAAUUAGUCAAUGAUGAACAUUUUAUAUACCUAAAAGCUAAACAAAAAAGCAAAGUGCUAUUAUCUAUUGAUAAUUGGGAACUUUCGAAUACACCUGGUGGUUGGAUUCGGGAUACACCAAAUAAAACGAUAUUAAAAUAUUUUGACAAAACAGAGAUCAAAGAAAAUGAUAUAUUUGAACAACUUAAAAAACUGAGAGACAAUUCGAAAAGUCCAUACAUUAAUAGGAUUGAAUUAUUUACUAUAAUAUUUAGAUAUCUUUGGAAACUGAAACAAGAUUAUGUUGCAAUGUACACAAGUAUACAGAGUGCUAUUUCCGAAAUAGUUGUUACUCCUGAGGACCGCUUGAGGAAUUUAGAAGCACAUGAAUUAUUUACUAUGUAUUUGAUGGACAGAAAUGAAGUUGGAAUUAAAUUGUCGAAUGUACUUGAUAUUGGUCAAGUAUAUAAUACAUUUUUGAUUAAUCCUGAAAUCCGUUAUGAGAAUAAUAUUACCUAUAAAGAUUUUUGGGAUGACGAGGAUGAUGAUACUAACAUAGACAUUAAUAAUACAAUAUAAUUUAUUAUUAUAAUUAAUUAAUCACUAUAAAUUGUAAUAAUUUUUAAAACUUACUUAGAUAUAAAAUUAUAUUAUCAAUUAAAAUCCAUAAUUAUAAUAAUAUUACCUUUUUACAAUAUUGUAAAAAAAUAUUUUGAUAUUAUAUCUUUAUAAAUAUUUAUUUAAGACCAUCCUUUAAACGUUUACAUAAUAUAUUAUGUAGUUUUAAAAUUGUAUGAAAAAUAUUAUUAGUAGUAGUUAAUUAACUUGAUAGUUACUAUUUUUAAUUUUAUGUCGAAAUUACAUAACAUUAUAUACAGAGAAA